AUGGCGAACUACUCAAACGGCCUUGCCGAAAAGGACCUGAAGCGCGACCUCGAGAACGACCAACCCAACGACCUCAACAAUACUCCUUCUCUCGCCGGCGAGGCUCGCGUUCACGACGAUAUCUUUGGUGAUAUCACAGAUGAGGGUCCCAACUACCGAGCUGUUGGAUGGAUCGGCACCGUGGCACUCAUGAUGAAGACUCAGAUCGGCCUGGGUGUUCUGUCAAUCCCUGCAGUCUUCGACGUCCUGGGCAUUGUCCCUGGUAUCAUCUGCCUCCUUGUGAUCGCUACUAUCACAACCUGGUCCGACUACAUGGUCGGAGUCUUCAAGCGCAACCAUCCCCAAGUCUAUGGUAUCGAUGAUGCUGGUUACAUACUCUUUGGUCGCGUCGGACGCGAGAUCUUCGGAAUUGCCUUCUGUCUCUACUGGAUCUUCGUCGCUGGCUCUGGUAUGCUCGGUCUCUCUAUCGGUCUGAACGCUGUCUCCCUCCAUGGAACUUGCACGGCUGUCUUUGUCGCCAUUGCCGCCAUCUGUGGAUUCCUCCUGGGCAGUGUCCGAACUCUCGGCCGCAUCAGCAUGCUCGCCUGGGUCGGCCUGGUCUGCAUUCUCACAGCCAUCUUCACUGUUACCAUUGCAGUUGGUAUCCAGGACCGACCUGCCGCUGCUCCCCAGGGCGGUGUCUGGAAGUCCGACUGGAAGACCGUUGGCAACCCUUCUUUCACCCAGGCCAUCUCAUCUAUCUCGUCGCUCGUCUUCGCCUAUGCUGGUACCCCCGGUUUCUUCUCCAUCGCCGCUGAGAUGUCCGAGCCCAAGCACUACACCCGAGCUCUGAUUGUCUGCCAGUCUGGUGUCACCAUCACCUACAUUGUCAUCGGUUGCGUCGUCUACCUCUACUGUGGAUCCUACGUCGCCUCGCCUGCUCUUGGCUCAGCCGGUCACUUGAUCAAGCGAAUUGCCUACGGUAUCUCUCUCCCUGGUCUCCUAGCCACAACCGUCCUCGUCAUUCACUUCGCCGCCAAGUACGUCUUCGUCCGUCUCCUCCGCGGCACAAAGCAUCUCGCUUCCAACAGCGCUGUCCAUUGGGGAACAUGGAUCGGCUGCACUCUCACCACCACCGUCAUCGCCUACCUGAUCGCUUCCGGUAUUCCCGUCUUCGGUGGUCUCGUCUCUCUCGUCGGUGCCCUCCUCGGUACUCUGAUGUCGUUCCAGAUCUACGGCUGCAUGUGGCUCUACGACAACUGGGCUAUUGGCCGACGGGAACCCACCAUGAAGUGGUACUUCAUGGUAUCCUUCAGCGUUUUCGUCAUCGUCUCUGGUACUUUCCUGAUGAUCGGUGGAACAUACGGAUCCAUUGUUGGAAUUAUGGACUCAUACAAGGCUGAAGGUGGCUCAUCUGCUUUCUCUUGUGCCGAUAACUCCAAUUCUACUUAG